AUGGCGAAGCACAUUCAGCAUGUUUUCAUAAUAAGUCAAGCUGGAAGUUUAAUAUAUGAUUGGAGUUCUGAUUCUGGCGAGAAUGAAGUCGUCUUAACAUAUGAGUACCCAUUAAACGUUUUUCUCGAGCGGAAAUAUAAAAAAGUAAUGGUGGUAUUCGGGGAAAAAGAUGGAGUUAAGAUUGGAUACUAUGUAAAGUCGGUGAAUGACAUUCCAGUGUUUGGAACGCGAUUUGAAGUUAAUGGCAAAUCUGUUGAUGUUUUAGAUUAUUUAGAAAAAAAGGAAAGCUUUCCGGUAACUCUUCGAUAUGCAGCUCCAACCAUUAACGCGAACGAUAAAAUUCAUUUAUCGUCGACAUUUUAUUCAUUGUUCACUAUUGCUGUUCAAUUGAGUCCAACACCAAAAAGCUCUGGAAUUGAGAUCUUGGAAACAUCACAGUUCAAAUUGUUUUGCUUGCAAACGAGGACUGGCGUCAAAUUUAUUGUAGUCACAUCGGCGGCUUCGAGCAUCCCAGCCGACUCUCUUCUCACCAAAAUGUACGAAAUUUACGCUGAUUUUGCUCUCAAGAAUCCAUUCUAUUCGAUUGACAUGCCAAUCAGGUCGCACAAGUUUGAAGAGGAACUGUCUGCGUUGCUUGAGAAAGCCGAAAGAAGCAAUGGAGCGAUAAUGUUUUAA